UUAAGGACGGCUCAAACUGGAGGGACCGGUUUGACAGCAGCAGAGUAUGUUGGGAAAUGCAGUUUAAUCGUCCUCUCCGGCUCUAGUCUUCUUCUUCGCAUCCCGCAUACUCGCGCGUGAUGAGGGGGGCGUGGUUCGUUCGGUUUUGAUCGAACUGCAGCAGCUUCCGCUCUCUCUGGCGUCACACAUGUAGCAAAACAUGGCCCCUGCCGGUCGGACUGUUGUUGUGGUAGCGCUCUCAAUGCUGUACCUGUGCCGGACAAUCUUCUCCUCCGAGUAUUUCUCCACUCUCACUUUGUUCAACAAUGAGCUCCACAAGCAGGGAUGCAGCUCGCUGUCCGAAUGGGAAGAGUACGCGGCUGACUGCGAUUCCUCCAUUUUACAGUUGGAAGACCCAGACUGUGAGGAGGGAAGCAACCCACCCUGUGAGUCAGUCUUCUCACUUAACGCAGAGAAGAUCCUGAACCAGGCAAAGUUGUUUAUAGAACAGAAAAAAAUCCCCUUCCCUGUAGAUAACCACAACACAAACGAAGAACUUGCUAUAGGCUACGUUCUGAUAGGCAACGGCCUCUAUGACGAAGCCAUCAAACACUUCUCACUCUUAUUACAGGGCGACCCAGAGCUGGUCAGUGCCAUCUAUGGGAGAGGGAUAGCUUACGGGAAGAAAAGUCUGCAGGACAUAAAGAAUGCUGACUUGGCGUUGUACGAGCUCAACAGAGUCAUCACCCUGGAGCCUAACUGGCCAGAGGUCUACGAACAGAGAGCAGAGAUCCUGUCCCCUCUGGGUCGUAUCAGUGAGGCUCUGGGUGACCUGACCAAAGCCAUCCAGCUGCAGCCCUCAGCCCGUCUCUACAGACACAGAGGAACCCUGCUCUUCAUUUCAGAGGACUAUGUGGCAGCUAUGGAAGACUUCCAGCAGUCUUUAGAGCUGAAGAAGAAUCAGCCUAUUGCCAUGCUGUAUAAAGGCCUCACCUUCUUCCACAGAGGAAUGCUCAAGGAAGCCAUAGAGACAUUCAAAGAGGCGCUGAAGUUGAAGUCCGACUUCAUAGACGCCUAUAAGAGCCUUGGACAGGCCUACAGAGAGCUGGGUGAUUUUGAGUCAGCGAUGGAGAGCUUCCAGAAAGCCCUCAUGUUGAACCAGAACCACAUCCAGUCUCUGCAGCUCCGAGGCAUGAUGCUGUACCACCACGGCUCGCUGCAGGAGGCCAUAGGCAACUUCAAGAGGUGUCUUCAGUUGGAACCCUACAACGAGGUGUGUCAGUACAUGAAGGGGUUGAGUCACGUGGCGAUGGGACAGUUCUACGAGGGCAUCAAAGCUCAGACUAAAGUCAUGUUGAACGACCCUCUGCUGGGGCAGAAGGCCAGCUCCGAAUACCUCAAAGUUAAAUACCUCAGAGAGUACUCUCGCUACCUGCACUCCCACCUUGACAUCCCAGUAGUCGAGUACAACGUGGACCAGGACUUACCAGGGAACUUUAAGAACCACUGGGCCAAGAACCUGCCUUUUCUAAUAGAAGACUAUGAAGAACAGCCCGGCCUGCAGCCUCAUAUCAAGGACGUGCUGCCGCAGAACUUUGAGAGCUACAGCAGUGAAGUUCAAAAGCUGAUCUGCUCAGCCGACCACCUGGGGGCGCUAAUGCAGUACGACACUCCUGGUUUCUUACCCAACAGGAGAAUACACAGAGCCAUGGGUUUAGCAACCCUGGAGGUGAUGCAGGCCAUGCAACGAACGUGGAGCAACUCCAAAGUGCGAGUCAACGGCAAAACCAGGCAAAUGCAGUGGAGAGACAUGUUCGAUAUAGCUGUGAAAUGGAGGAGGAUCGCGGAUCCAGACCAGCCAGUUUUGUGGUUAGACCAGAUGCCUGCCCGGAGUCUCAGUCGAGGCUUCAACAAUCACAUCAAUCUCAUCAGGGGACAGAUUAUCAACAUCAGGUACUUGGCGUACUUUGACAACAUCCUCGACUUUAUCAAAGACAGAAUACUGGUGUACCACGGGGCGUACAACCCCAGAGGGCUCUUAGACGUCCGUCUGGCUCUUGAAAAUGUGAAUAAAGUAGAAGAUCUGCUUCCUAUAAUGAAGCAGUUCAAUAGUAAAACCAGAGAUGGCUUCACGGUCAACUCCAAAGUGCCGAGCGUGAAGGAUUCUGGGAAAGAGUACGACGGUUUCACCAUCACGAUCACUGGAGACAGGGUGGGCAACAUGUUAUUCUCAGUAGAGACUCAGACGACAGAGGAGCGGACGCAGCAGUACCAGUCAGAGAUAGAGUCCAUCUACAAAGACCUCACCGCCAAAGGAAAGGCAUUAAUGCUGUCCACGGAACUAGGGGAUGCAGAUGCCGUGUGUAACCUGAUCCUCUCCUUGGUGUAUUACUUCUGCAACCUCAUGCCCCUCUCCAGAGGAUCCAGUGUGGUGGCCUACUCAGUCGUGAUGGGUGCGCUGAUGGCCAGUGGAAAAGAGGUCAUCGGCAGGAUCCCGAAAGGAAAGCUGGUGGAUUUUGAGGCCAUGACCACACCCAGUCCAGACAGCUUCAGUAAAACAGCAAAGAACUGGAUGAAUCUCAAGAGUUUACCAAGUUGGUACCAGAGUCUUCCGUCUGUAGCGGAGACCUUCCCGUCCACCAGAACGAUGAUUGAGGUUCUCAACACAGACUCGUCUUCGCACUGUCCAAAGAAGUCCUAACACAACUUCUACACGGGAGACAAGUCUGAUUAUUAAGUCUUAAUAAAGCUUCUACAAUGGGCAGAAGAAAAGGGGCCGUCGCCUUCUGCACCCCGAACCAAACUGGAUCGAGUUCUCCAAAAGCUUCUCUGGCUUUACUGGUAAUUGUUUAAUUUUUAAAUUGGACUGAGGUGAUAUUGAUACAAAUUCAAAACAUUAUGUUAAAGAGGAUUUUCCUUUGUGAAGAGGGUUAUUUGUUUGGGGGAACGCUGCAAUUGAUCUUAUUUUGGUGUCAAAUUACCUCCAAGUCCUGCUCUGUUCUCUGUCAUCCUCCGUCACACUUACCUCUGAAAUUAUAUAAGUUAAAAUUCUGGCAACACCUAUAUGGAUAAAUGCAAUGUAGGCCAACGUUGUCACAAAACCUGAAGUUUGACUUUGCUAGCAGUACUAUAAUUGUUCUGAAACCAUUCCUGUCUCUACUUGAGCACCACGGCAAACUGUCACUCCUUGUGUUAACGGCAUAGUUCGGAAAUUUCAUUUUAUCUCGAGAACCUAGAAGUUCAUAUCCAGUUCAGAAUGUGUCGUUCCAACUGCAGCAGUCAACCGUCAACAUCCUGGCUGACUUUUUAUUUUAUCUUCCCGUUUUUAAUUUGUUUCGUAUUAGAAUUUCACUUCACAGAACACAUUUAGUCAUGUUCAUGAAGUUGAUUAUUGAAUCAGACUUUGGUUCAGGUACAGCAAAUGCUGAUUUAUUUAUUUAUUUA